AUGAAGGUGGCUUUGGUGCUUUUGCUCCCCUUGGUGGCUUCGGCCCUUCGUCGCCUAAGGGGUGCCAAGGCGAACAGACCUUCGCUGGAGGAAAUCCUAGGUCUGACAGGCCACAUUGACCGUGGCCACUGCCAGAACAAGGGUAGGAACUGGACGAAGCACUUCUGCGGCGUGCCAAGCUCGAGCUUGAGCAAGAGCAAGGUGAUUGACUUCAGUGAUGUCCAGGAGUCUGGCAUCUGCAGCCAGUGGAACCAGGACCGCUACCUGAAUGCCAUCUUCAAGGCCAUCGGAACCACCAACACCUACUUCGUGGAGUUCGGGAGCCGCCGCCCCGAAGUCCUGAACUCGGCCCACUUCCGCUUGAACUGUGGCUGGAAGGGCCUGCUGAUGGAUGGCGCCCCCGGAUCCUCGGUCCAUGGACCCUGCCCUUCUUGCCCUGGGCAAGACCUGCUCCAGGAACCCGACGAUGCCCCGGUGCGCCUACGCCAGGCAUUCCUGACGGCGGAGAACAUCAACGACAAGUUCCAGAUGCACAAGGUGCCGUGUGAGUUCGAUCUCCUCACGGUGGACGUGGACUGGAACGAUUACUGGCUCGUCAAGGCGCUGGACUUCGGUCGCUUCCGGCCACGCGUGGUGGCCAUCGAGUUCAGCAGCUACUUCAGGGGCUCCGAGAAGCAGGUGCGCUCGUACAAGCCCGAUGGCGUUUGGGGUGGGGCGGGAGAGGUCACCGGUGCCUCCUUGGCCGCGCUGGACGCCCUCAUGCAGGCCAAAGGCUACCGGCUGGUCGCUCAGGUGGCCGGCGAGCAUGGCAUUUGGGUUUCGGCCAAGGAGAUGAAUCCCGACGACCACGCAAUGAAGAUUCCCGAGGAGAUCUCCGAGGGAUGGAUGUUUGCCCUGCGACGGGACGGUUUUCCUGCACCAGGAUUCGAGCAGGUUCUCGAUCCUUGUGAGGACUUCGGCUGCCAAGAGAAAGCCAGCUCAUGCGACAAGGGUGGAAAUGAUGAUUCCCACCUCGCCGAAGCAAACCAGGGCGAUGAGAAUUCCGACGAAGGCGAUGGUGAUCCCACCCGCGUGGACUCUUCUCGGUAUGCUGAAAACGAAUUCGUCUUAGGACGAUGA